GAGAGUGAAAUACAUUUAGCAAUUUGAGACGUAAAGAGCUGUUGGCAAAUGUUAAAGGCGAGACAGCCAUGGCAAAUUACCCCACCAUCGAAAUCUUGGCAUAACCCUUCAGUCCAUCCCACCAAGCAAGCAAGCAAGCAAGCAAGCAUCCCGCAAAACAAUACCACAGAGAUCACCAACCUCACCAGACUAACCCAACACCGACCAGCGCUGCCCUUCCUCUCCACCAUGUCGGCCAGGUACUCCCCCCCCCCCCCACCCCUCCAAUCCGCUCAUCUUCUCUCACCACAGCUGACCGGGGACCCCACCAGCACCGACCCACAAACCAACUCCCGCGGCAUCCCGCUAGCCCCGUUCGUGGGUGAAGUGGAGAAAUACGUCGACUCGAGGGAGGACAUUGAACGCAAUCUGAGGAAGUUUCAAGAGAUGAUCGCGUUCGUCCCCUCCCCCCCUCUUUCCCCCGGGGCAGCCGCGGACUGAUGCGAGCCUAGAAAGUACCAAUUUAUGGAAGUAAACACUCAACGCCGCGCGGGCGGAUUGAAGGAUAAAAUCCCUGAUAUACAAAAGACGUUGGAUACCGUUAGCUUUUUGAAGGGGAGGAAGGUUAGUUCUUACGGACUGGGCGAAGGAAGGAUGAAGGUAGUGUUAAUGUGAAUGGGUGGAUGGACAAGCAGAGUUCAUCGAAACCAUUCGAAGCAACAUUCGAACUCAACGAUACCCUAUACGCGAGGGCUAACAUCCCGGCCACGGAGGAGGUGUAUCUCUGGUUGGGUGUAUGCCAUGCCUCCCCCUCAAACACAGCCACAAUAACUAGCUAACUGGCGCACCCACCAGGCAAACGUAAUGCUGUCCUACCCCAUCGACGAGGCUACAACCCUACUCAAGGGAAAACUCGAAGCCGCAAAGGAGAGUCUGCGCAAUUGCGAGGAGGAUAUGGAUUUUCUGCGGCAGCAGAUCACCACGCUGGAGGUUAACACCGCCCGGUUGUACAAUUACGAAGUUACGCUCAAGAGGAAGGAACGGGAGGAGGCGGAGAGGGAGGAGAAGGGUAAGAAGGGUGGGAAGUGAGGUAUUUACUUUUUUUUCUUCUCGAAAAUAAAUACAGAUGAAUACAAAAGGUAAUUAUAAGAUUGG